CGCGGCCACACUGUUCGUAGAAAGCGAGACGUUUUUAGUUUGUUGUCUGUGGAUUCCGCGCUGUGAAAUUCAUUAAUUUGUCCAGUGAGUCGCGUAAAUCGACGAGUUCCGCUAAUCAGGGCCGAGCUCUACGUGUGUGCCCGUUGACUGCCGAGGAUGCGAGCAGCCCAAUCGUCUCCGGCUGCCCGCAAUUAGGUUCUCGAAACGAGUCGCCUGGAAGCAACAGCAGCAACAGGCCAGCAAUUCCGCAGGCCCCAAUUAGCGAAUAGCCAACAGUGCAAGUGCUACGUGCGUGUGAUUGUGUCUGAGCUGCUGUCUCAGCCUCGACUGGAGCCACAAUGCGCGCCACCAUCGAGUUCGAGGAGUGUCUGAAGGAUUCGCCGCGCUUCAGACAAUUUGUAUCCAAGGAGGAGGGCGACAUCGAGCACUUGGAGCAGCGGCUGGAGAAAAUCAUCAAGCUGUGCAAUGUGGCCGUUGACUCCGGCAAGGAGUAUGUCAAGAACCAGAGCGCCUUUGCCAUGUCCUUGUGGGACCUGCAGCAGCACUUUCUCGACAACAAGAACGCACACAACGCUUUGGGCAAGCUGAUACACUGCUUCCAGGAGAUGAACAAGUUCCAUACGAUUCUCUUGGAUCAGGCUAGCCGCACAGUGCUAAAGAAUCUCAGUGUGUUUGUAAAGGACGACAUCAACCAGGUGAAGGACUACAAGGGGCACUUCCUCAAGGUUUCCGAGGGCUAUGACAAUGCGCUGAUAAAAAACGCACAGGCCAGUAAAAACCGACCGCAGGAGGUGCAAGAGGCUGCCAAUAUCCUUUCCGCCUCCAAAUCCUGUUUCCAGCACACCGCCCUGGACUAUGUGAACUAUAUAACGCUGGCCCAGGCUCGCAAGGUCCCCUCCAUACUGUCAACGCUGCUGGACUACUAUCAGGCGUGCGUGACCUACUACCACCAGGGCUUCGACCUGUGCAACGACUUUGACGAGUUCUUCAAGAACAUCAGCGAGGACUUGAAUGCACUGCGCGGCGACUAUCAGCAGCUGGAAAAGGCCAUGCAGGACCGCCACAUGAGCGUCAAUCGCUACUGCGACUCGAACACCAACAGCACCUCCAACAAGAUCGAGGGAUACCUGUUCAAGAAGAAGUCCAAGGGCUUCAAGACCUGGUGCCGGCGCUGGUUCUACUUGAGCGACAACCAGCUGGUCUACAGUGAUUUGGAUUCGCAUUGCAGAAAACGGAGCAACGAGGACUCGUUCUCGGUCAUGGAGGAGGACCUGCGCAUCUGCCACGUACGCCCGGUUAAUGAGGGCGACCGUCGCUUCUGCUUUGAGGUCAUCUCUCCGACAAAAUCCCACAUUCUGCAGGCGGAUUCCGCGGACAUGCUCUCCCUGUGGAUCUCAGCACUGCAGCACAGCAUUGGGGCAGCCAUCCAACAUGACUCCACCACGCACCACUCACGACCACAGUCGACGAACACACCCAAUGCUUUGCCCGCAAAGCGGAGAAUCCACUGGGAGGAGUUCCUAAAGAUACCCGGCAACGCGUACUGCUGCGACUGCAGGAGCCCCGAACCGCGAUGGGCCUCUAUCAAUCUGGGCAUCACCCUGUGCAUCGAGUGCUCCGGAGUUCAUCGCAGCCUGGGUGUCCACUACAGCAAAGUUCGCUCCCUCACUCUGGAUGCCUGGGAGACAGAGAACGUGAAGGUGAUGAUGGAGCUCGGCAACGAGGUGGUGAACCGCAUCUAUGAGGCACGCACCGGCGAUGACUGCGAGCUCCAGCAUCCCACUGAGCAAUGCGAGAUAGGAGUGCGCGAGGCCUGGAUCAAGGCUAAGUACGUGGAGCGGCGGUUUGUGUGCGGCAUGCCUAAGCCUCAAGAGCUGCUGGCAAGCGAGACGGCCGAGGUGCUUAGCAUAGACAGUGGAGGCUUGGCGGAGGACGGUGGCAGCGGGGGCAGUGGCACAGGACUGGGGAUCAGUAAGCGGGCCACUCUUUCGCUGGGAGGUACACGCAAAUGGGCAGUGAAGAAGCUACGACGGAGGCGACAACAGCGAUCGUUGCCCAAGACUUUAAGUGACGAUCCGAGCAUCUAUAACACGGCCAAGACGGGCGACGAACUGGACGAAGAUGAUGAUGAUGAGUCCAUCAACAUUCCCUCAAUGUCGCUGAGCAUAUCUCGCGACGAUUUGCUGGUCAUCGGCGAUGACCUGGCCCUGGACACCUUCGAGACGCCUGGCAUUCUGGGUAGCGAUCAGGAGAGCACAGAAGGUGAGUCGGAGACGGAAAUGCCGGAGGAGCUGCCCUUCUCUCAACUGGAUGCAAACCAACUUCUGUACAUGGCUUCGGUAGUGCACAAUCUGCCGGUGAUGUGCAUGGCCUUUGCCCUGGGCGCCGACAAGCACUGGAAGAACCCCCAGGAUAGGCAGCGUUCGUUUCUUCACCAGGCCGUAAUCUCCGGCUCCGUGAUGGCCUGCGAGUACCUGCUGCUAAAUGGAGCCGCCAUCGAUGCUGUGGAUGAGCUGGGCUACAGUGCACUGCACAUAUCGACGGCCAAGGGGCAUAUUGCACAGGUGUACUUGCUGCUGAAGCACAAGGCAGCCUACGAUCUGGCCUCCAGUGAUGGCAAGAAGGCAUUGGACAUAGCAGUUGACCAGAAGAACGCCGAUAUUGUGACGCUACUCCGGCUGACACGGCUUAACGACGAAAUCGGUCUGAACGACGAGUUCAACGGCGAGGACGAAACCUACAAGGACGUAAUGAAGGACUUCUCCAACUUCACCGCCAGCCAGCCACGAAUGUUGCGGCAGCGGAAUGACUCCAACACCUUGGAGUCACAGCGCAGCUCGUUGACCAACUCAGACUAGCAGCGGUUGAAGGGUCGCAGGACUUAAAGGACCCGUUCGUUGUUGUGGAUAUUGUACCAAUUAGUAGACUAGGAUAUACAUUGGAUUGUUAUUGGCUUUAUAAUGCAUUAACCAGGAGUGGUAAACGGUUUCGAUGUCGAUGUCCUCUUAGUAGAGGCCUCGAAGAGGCAAUCUCACUUGAAAGGCGCUUCCGAUUAUACAAAAAAGAUUUAUUAAUUGCAUUUUUGUCCUUGUAUUUUGCAUUCGAUUUCUCUUGGCGCGUUUUGAGUCCCGUUUGUUGGCGCUUAGCUUAGGUCUAAAGAAUUUGUAGAGUUGAGUUUAUUAAAAUACGUGUAUUUGCCUAUAAAAUUGUACAUCGUCUUAUGUGGUAUUUAUUAAACGAUCAAUAUAUUGUAAAACCUA